AUAGCCUGCUAACCACGGGAGUAACAAAAUAUUCUAAUUACCGCGACCAAAAUGGAUGAAAUUAAUAAUGUAAAAAAUAAACAACUAAUCACAAGCAAGGAUAUAGGGACGGAUUUUUCGUAUAAACACGAAAUUGUCUGGAAGAAUGUGGUUAUUUUUGCUAUUUUUCACUUUUUGGGGAUAUGGGGAUUCAAAUUAUAUUUGACUGGUGCUGUUACAUGGAAAACAUUUGUAUGGGUUACAGUUUUAAUGUUCUGCCUCGGACAAGGUAUAACAUCUGGGGCUCACAGGCUCUUUGCCCACAGAAGUUAUAAAGCAAAAACACCACUAAAACUAUUUCUCAUGCUAAUGCAAACAGGUUCUGGACAGAACUCAAUAUACAUUUGGGUGCGUGAUCACCGUCUUCACCAUAGAUAUUCUGACACGGACGCAGACCCUCAUAACGCCAGUAGGGGUUUCUUCUUCUCUCAUGUUGGAUGGCUAAUGGCAAGAAAACAUCCGUACGUUAAGGAAUUCGGUAAAAAUAUCGACAUGAGCGAUCUAAAAGCUGACCCGAUUGUUAUGUUCCAGGAAAAGUAUUAUUAUUAUUUAUAUAUUUUGAUAGCGGUCUUUAUACCAGUUAUAGUACCGUGGUACAUGGGGGAGACACUUAAAAACUCCCUACUGGUUUGCUAUUUUGGUCGCUACGUUCUACAGCUGAAUGGAACAUGGCUUGUGAACAGUGCAGCACAUUUGUAUGGCACACGGCCGUAUGACAAAAAUAUUCAGCCUGUGGAGUCUUGGUUCGUGUCAUUUCUCGCAUUUGGUGAGGGCUGGCACAACUACCAUCAUAGCUUCCCUUGGGAUUACAAAGCAGCUGAACUGACAAACUUCAUCAACCUGUCAGCGAGAUUUAUUGAGAUAUGUGCCAAAUGGGGCUUAGCUUAUGACCUGAAGACGGCCUCACCUGAAAUGGUGACAAACCGUAUACUAAAGGUUGGUGAUGGUACUCACUACUACCUAGGUAACGAUGAAGAUAAGUUAGGUGUCACUGCAAUAGGACCUCUUCAUCCUCUAAAUCCAUCUUACAAUGUUACGUAUCCACCACCGAAUACCACACUGUCUAAAGAAGGACUAAUUUUUAAUGAAUAAACAACGAUUGUUAUCGAAUAAA